CCCACUUUGCCCUACCUUUUCCCCCCGUGUGUUUGGCUCUGCCUCCUACGGCAGCCAGUUUGGGGCUGUGCCUGGCAACCCCUGUUGGAUUUCCGAAGGUGCCUCCAGGCCCAUGAAGGCUGGGGCAGAAAAUGAGAAGACCUCGCUGGCCUCUGAUCUGCAGGAGCUCAAAACGCAGCUCACCACCACCAAGGAGGCUUUGGCCCAGCAGCAGCUGCGCAACAGUCGUGAGGCCGAGCACUGCCAAGCCUCAGAGGCGGGACCUCACGGCAGUGGGGCUAGCCUGUCGUUCCAGGAGAGAGCGGACUGCCACGAGGCGGUGGAGAAGGCCCAGCUGGCCGCUCAGCGGGAGAGGGAGGUGGCUGCCCAACUGGAAGUGGACUUACGGGUUGCCCGGAGGAUCGCCUUGGAGUGUCAGUCGCGGCUGGCUCAGGCCCAGGAAGAGCUUCUGGGCUUCUCAGAGGAGCUGGCGGGGCUGUACCAUCACAUCUGCACUUGCCACAGCAUAACCCCGCAGCGGGUGGUGUUGGAUUACUACCGGGAGGGCUGCCGAGGCCAGAGCACGCUCAGGAGGCGAUCCUCCCGGAAGCUGGAGGCGAGCAGUGGCGGGGACCGGUCCCCGAGCAGCGGCCCCGGCUCGCCCUGCGGCUUAGAGCCCCUCAACGUGGCCAACCUGAUGGGCGUCUUGCGGGAGCAGCUGGGGCAUCUGCAAGUGGCCGUGUCCUUGGCGCACCGGCAGAACCCCACGGGACACAGCGCAGAACUGGAGCGGGACAAGGAGGCGCUGGUGGAGGAAGUGCUGAAGCUGAAGUCGCUGCUGAGCACCAAGCGCGAGCAGAUCGCCACCUUGCGCACGGUGCUGAAGGCCAACAAGCAGGUAUGGGGGGGGGGCUGGCUACAGCGGGAAUUGGUGCUUAGUAGGGGGCAGUGGGCCGUUUUCUCCUCCCUGGUGGAGAAGAUGUCAACCUGCAGGCCGGUUUGGGAGCUGUGCUUUGUUGUGUCAGCAUAC